AUGUGCUACACCACCAACUUGUUGAUUAACGGAUCGUCAAUAUUUUCAGCCAUUCACAGGGCAUGGAACAGAGCACGCAGCUAUUGUGUUGUUUUCCUAUUGGCGUAUAUCACUCUACACUUUGAUGGGAGGCAUACAAGGCCACCUUCACUUUACCGACUGGGACCUCACACCGUCAUUUUGUACUGUCUCGUGCUUGCAUUUCUAUUCAACUGCUACGCAACGAGCGAAAUCGUGGGCUCCCCUGGUGCCUUGUGGGAUCUUUUGGUGGAAGCUUCUGAAAGGCGGCCCAUUGCCGGGAAUGCUCUGGGGAGUUUGUUGACAUUCAACUCUGUCCAAGGCGGUCUCUUCGGCUUGGUUCUUUUUGGCGCUGGCUUUGCAGCAGCUUGCGACUCACAGCUUUUUCAAAAGGCCAUUGCUGCCGACCCCAAAUACUUGGUAAGAGGGUACAUUUUGGGUGGGCUAGCAUGGUUCUCGUUGCCGUUCUGCUUGUCCACAACGAUGGGUUUGGCUGCUGCCGGCUUAGAAACACAUCCCAGCUUUCCCACAUUCCCAGACUUGAUGUCUGCCGAGGAAAUCGGCGCAGGCUUGGUGCUACCUUAUGCAGCCUCAGGCGUUGAUGGGUCGGUCUGGUGUGGCCAUGGUGUUGACGAUGAUUUUCAUGGCGGUUACUGCUGCAUUUUCUUCCGAAACUAUCGCCAUUUCCGCCAUGGUCACCCACGACGUCUACAAGGCAUACGUCAACCCCGACGCCAAAGGUGGCCGCUUGGUCUUGGUGUCUCAUGCGACGGUGAUAGCAUUCGGCAUUGUGACUGUCGCCUUGGGUAUCGGGCUUGCACAUGCUGGGUUCGACGUUUCGUUCAUCACCACUGCGUCGGGGAUCAUUGUUAA